CGGGAGGGGGCCGGGCCGCAGACGCUGCGGGAGCCGAGCCGGGAGCCCGGGCGCCGCUGAGAGCCGCCGGCGGCCAGCCACCAGCAGCCAGCUCCGGACGCGGGGGUAUUACAAGUGGAUAAAUAAUGUGCACUGCUCUGAGCCCAAAGGUACGCAGUGGACCUGGCCUCUCUGAUAUGCAUCAGUAUAGCCAGUGGCUGGCCAGCAGACAUGAAGCUAAUUUGCUACCGAUGAAAGAAGAUUUGGCCUUGUGGUUAACCAAUCUAUUAGGGAAGGAGAUCACGGCAGAAACGUUUAUGGAGAAAUUGGACAAUGGUGCCUUGCUCUGUCAACUUGCAGAAACUGUCCAGGAGAAAUUCAAAGAGAGCAUGGAUUCUAACAAGCCCACGAAGAAUCUGCCCAUGAAGAAGAUUCCAUGCAAAGCCAGUGCACCCUCAGGCUCCUUUUUCGCCAGAGACAAUACAGCAAAUUUCUUAUCCUGGUGCCGAGAUUUAGGGGUAGAUGAAACAUGUCUAUUUGAAUCGGAAGGUUUGGUUCUCCACAAGCAACCCAGAGAAGUGUGUCUCUGUUUGCUAGAGCUGGGCCGGAUUGCAGCCAGGUAUGGUGUGGAGCCUCCUGGUUUGAUAAAGUUGGAAAAAGAAAUUGAACAAGAAGAAACACUUUCUGCCCCUUCUCCUUCACCUUCUCCUUCAUCAAAGUCUUCUGGAAAAAAGAGUACAGGAAACUUACUGGAUGAUGCAGUGAAAAGGAUUUCUGAGGAUCCUCCUUGCAAGUGCCCAAACAAAUUCUGUGUGGAGAGGCUCUCUCAAGGAAGAUACCGAGUGGGAGAAAAGAUCCUCUUCAUUAGGGGUCUUCAUGGUUGUUACUAUGUCUCCACAGCCAAAGCAAAGCAGACAUUUAAGAUGCUGCACAACAAACACGUCAUGGUCCGCGUGGGAGGAGGAUGGGAAACGUUCGCGGGGUAUUUGUUGAAACACGACCCCUGCCGGAUGCUGCAGAUCUCCCGUGUGGACGGCAAAACGUCCCCCAUCCAGAGCAAAUCCCCAACCCUUAAGGACAUGAAUCCAGAUAAUUACCUGGUGGUCUCUGCCAACUAUAAGGCUAAGAAGGAGAUUAAGUGAAACUAAGUUGGUCAGGUCAAGGGGACUCGCAUAUGGCCUGUAUCCACUUCUCCAGGGUAGUCAGUUUAGUUCACAGGCUCUGAAAAUUACUUUGGAAAAAGGUGUAACCCACAGGAAAGUGUCAUCCUAUUGAAAAAGGUUCAAAGAGUAGCACUAUUUAUUUUAAUGCUUCUGUAGAAAAUGACCUCUGAAAAGGCAUUCUAUACUCAGAUUUAGGUUAGGCAAACUGGAGGCAAAUUAUUACUUCUCAACAGGCGAAUACAGCAUUUAGAAAUACAAAUCUAGCUAGAGAUAAAAAAAACAAAAACCUGUUAUUAGAAGAAAAAAAAAUUUAGGAUUUCUAGAUAAAACAGAAAGUGCCUGCUUUAUGUCUACAGAGUAAAAAGCACCCCAGACAUUUUUUUAACUGCCAGAUUUUUAAAAAGUGACAAAUAGUGUGAUUAUGUGCUACUAAAAACAUCCAACAGCACUAUCAAUAAGUACAGAGUAUUCACAACAGUAAAACUUUACUGGAAAGGCCACUUUAGAAAAGUUUACAUUCACUUGGAAGAUUGCCUUAAAGUUUUAUCCCUUACCUAGGACCAAGUUUCUGGGGUACGUUUGGACGUUUUCAGAACACCCACUAGAGAACCGCUUAUGAAUUGCCCCACACAUUCCUAAGAAACCUGGCUGUGUCGAGGCUGACAGUGUCACUCACACACAUAAGCUGACAUACAUUUAUAUUUUGACAGAGUAAAUUGUACAGUCAAAUGUUCAUUGACUUCAUGUUAUUUGAAAGCAUUCUUAUUAAAAUAUAUCUUUAGUUAAUCCUACUUUGCUAUGCUGUCUAGUAAAGUCAAUUCACUGUAGCUAAUAAUGUUACAGACUUAUGUAUACCCUUGUACACCCAGGACAGAGCUGUUUUGUACCCAUCAACAGCAAAAUAUUGUCCUUGCUGAUUCAAGAAUUAAAGAGA